AUCCGAGAUAUGAAUAUCUUAUUGUUCUUAGUGACGGAUUUAUUGGGAGAAAUGAAGCAGUGUAUAGACAUGGGCAAAAGAUCAAUUUUACCUGCUGCAAUUGCGCUUCUGUUUCUCACUUCCACAGCAAAAUCCCAAGUUUAUGAUGUUAGGAAAUAUGGCGCUAGUGGUGGCGGGAGUUCGGAUAUCACCCAGGCUUUAGUUAGCGCAUGGAAAGAGGCCUGCGCAUCAACAAAUGCUAGCAAAGUCAUGGUACCGGCAGGGACAUAUGUUUUAAAUGAAGUGGUCUUGGGAGGUCCUUGCAAGGGCUCGAUUGAGGUCCAGGUCGAUGGAACACUCAAGGCCCCUGCAGAUCCUGCCCAAAUGAAGACCGACGGGUGGGUCACGUUCCAGAACGUUGACCAGUUCACAUUGUCAGGUGGCGGAACUUUUGACGGUCAAGGGAAAACUGCUUGGACAAAGAAUGACUGCAGCAAAAAGAAGGAUUGCAAGAACCUUCCUAUAAACAUAAGGUUCAACUUUGUCACCAAUGGCAUAGUCAAGGACAUAACUUCCCUUGACAGCAAACAGUUCCAUGUGAAUGUUUUGGGCUGCAAAAAUUUCACGUUCCAGCAUGUUACCGUCACCGCGCCCGGAGAUAGUCCCAACACAGAUGGAAUCCACAUUGGUCGUUCAACUGGGAUCAACAUUAUUGACACCGGCAUCAAGACUGGGGACGAUUGCAUUUCCAUUGGUGAUGGCAGUGAGCAAAUAAACAUCACAGGAGUAACUUGCGGGCCUGGUCAUGGCAUUAGCGUAGGGAGUCUUGGAAGAUAUCCAGGUGAACAGCCUGUGUCGGGUAUCAGUGUAAAGAACUGCACGAUUACUGGCACGAUGAACGGCGUUAGGAUCAAAACAUGGCCUAAUUCUCCUGCUGGAAGCGCGACGGAUAUGCAUUUCGAGGAUAUUACAAUGGACAAUGUCGGGAACCCUGUCCUCAUAGAUCAGCAGUACUGCCCAUGGAAUCAGUGCACAGCGGAGGUUCCGUCCCAGAUAAAGAUAAGCAAUGUCAGCUUCAAAAGAAUCCAGGGAACUUCUUCAACACAAGUUGCACUUAAGCUUGCUUGUAGCAGCCGCUACCCGUGCGACAAUGUGCAGAUCAGUGACAUUGAUAUCAGGUACCAUGGUGCUGAGGGUCCCGCUACAUCCUUAUGUUCCAAUAUCAAGCCCAUGAUUUCUGGCAAGCAGAACCCAGCAAUCUGCGCCAAUGCGACAGGAAGCUCUGUUUCUCAGUAAACAAAAUGCUUGUAACAUGAUGUCACAUAGUUGAUGGAGAUUUAGACCAUCUCCUACUGUUUCAUGUAGGCUUCUAAUCUAGCUACUAUGAGAAUUACCAGGUCAGAGUAAAAUUAACGGCUGUAGAAAUAAGAGAUUUGCCUUGUUGUGUGAUGAUGAUUUAAUAAGUGAAGUUCUUC